AUGCAAAAAAAAUUUCCUUUGGCUUCUGAAGCUGUUCUUGAAGCAACUUACAUGAACGACACAAUAACUUCUGUAGUUGAUGAAAAAGUAGGAUUUCAAUUAUUCAAGGAACUCACGCUACUAUGGGGUUCAGCAGGAAUGUUUGCACGAAGGCGGCUUUCAAACUCGGUCAAAGCUCUUUUUCAUUCUGUAACAACCGAAGAAAAUAUGGUAUAUACAAAACGAAUUUUGCUUAAAAAAAUGGCAACGUUGUUUGAUCCAUUGGGUUUUUUUGCAACAUAUAUCAUUCGAAUCAAAAUAACUAUGCAAGAACUGUGGAUUGAUGGAAUUGAGUGGGAUGAUGCAGUUCCGGAUAGGAUUGCAAAUAAUGUUGAUCAAUGGUUUCAAGAACUUAACGAUCUCCUAAAAAUAAACAUUCCCAGAUUUUUACAAACAACCUCAACAUUAACAAAUAGUAUACCAAGACUUGAGUUACUUGGAGCUGUCCUCGGUUUACGACUUGCAGAGAAGAUUGUCAAGGCAUUGAAGCUGGAAACUAAGGACGUAACUAUAUGGUGUGAUAGUCUUAAUGUUUUAUGGUGGAUAAAAAAUCAAAGUCGAAAGUUGAAAUCAUUUGUUGCCAACUGUGUUGGAUUCAUUCAAUCAAAGACUGAACUAAAACAAUGGAGAUACAUACCAACAAAAACAAAUGUAGCUGAUUUACUAACAAGAGGAACAACAGUUAAAGAAUUAGAAAGCAAUUAUGUAUGGUGGCAUGGACCAAGUUUCCUUAAAUCUUCAGAAGAAAAAGGGCCACAGAAUCACAUUGAAGUUACACAAGAGGCUUCAAUUGAAGUAAAGAAAAAUCCAGUAUUAAUGAAUUUUGCAUUAUCCACUGAAGUGACAAAGCAGUUGCUUGAUAUAAACAAGUUCUCAUGUGAUAUAGCAGCUGAUGAAUAUCAUGAAAGCGAAAAAGAAAUCAUAGCUAAAGCUCAAAAAGAAAGCUUUAAAGAAGUAUAUAGCAACAUUGAAAAAGGAAAACUGAUAUCGAUAUCAAGAAAAAUAAUUUCUUUAAAUCCGCAAAUUGACGAUGACGGAUUAUUGCGAUCUUCCAGUCAAUUGCAAAACGCCCAUUACUUACCCUACGAUAUCAAGUAUCCAAUCAUUUUGCCGAGAGGACAUAGAAUAACAAAAUUGAUUGUUAAUCAUUACCAUGACGAAGCCAAUCAUGUGAUGGGAACAAAUCAAUUAUUAACAAAGCUAUCAGAACGAUAUUGGGUAAUACGAGGACGAGAAGAAAUCCGAGAUGCAGAAGCAAAAUGCAACAAAUGUAAAUUAAGGAGAUGUAAACCUGCUCGACAGCUAAUGGUCCCUUUACCAGCAAUACGCUUUAAAGAACCACUACGUGCGUUUGCUUGA